UAUCGCACUGUCAUCGAUGUGCGACAACCCUGGCAGCAGGAAAAGGUUCUUCGGCCGAAACGAAAAAUAAAGAACAAUAAAACGAUUUGUGGGCCCGCAGCAAAAGGGAUCGCCAGCGCCGUGCCAACCGGUGACCUCUCGCCCCCGUGCCCCGUGACCUGUGACUCCGCGAGCGUGCUUGUUUCAGUGUUAAUUUGUUGGAGCACCAAAAUUGGAGCAGGCAGCGUGUAAAAACUUGCGGAAUUAUCGUGGCACCGCGCGGAGAAAGAGAGAGUGAGAAGGGAGAGAGAGAGAGCGAGCAAGAGAAGAGAGCGAUUGCCGCACGCAUAAAAUAUGAUCAAAUUGCAAAAUUGAUUUCAAUUGGCCACUCAACAAAAGCAAACAUCAAGUUCAAUGUUUGGCGCCUGCUGCGACUCUUGAGACUCGUUUAAGCCACAAAUAAUACCAAUCAGGACCUGAGCCAAGUUCCGAACUGAGGCUUUUUGGCCAUGGCGCAGCAAACGCAGCCGCAGCAGCAGGCAGCGCCGCCUACGUCGACGCCGGCCACUACGGCGGCGGGAUCCGGUUCCGGACCAGCAGGUGGAGGAGGUGCAGCAGGAGCUGGUGGCGGAGCAGUCACGCCCGUUUCAACACCCUCGACGCCACAGCCGGCUGGAAACAACAACAACAACAACCUGGUUUCACCCUCCGGGAAUAACAAUCUACUGACGCCCGUCCAGGCCUUCACACCGGCCGGACAGCCCGUGUACAAUCCACCCGUAUACAUGCCCGCCCACGGAGGACAUCCGCACGCCGGAGCCCACUAUCCGGCCAUGAUCCCCGCUCCGACGCCCAGCAGCACUGUCUACGUGAACAACGUCACUGCCAAUGUGAAUCUGCAUGGCUGGCCGCACACAGUGCCCGCCUAUCUGCCGGCUGGAGGUCAGCACCAUUACAUCGGACACGGUGACAUGCCGCAGGAGCAGGGCAACACCGUGAUGCCGCAUAUGCAGCCCUUGCCCAUCAACUUGGCUCCGCAGGGAGGCUCUCCGAAUCCCCACACUCCUGGCAUGGGCGGACAACGGCCGCGGGGACGCGGACGUCAACGUGGAGGCGGUGGACCGCGACGCAAUGACUACCAUGGGCCACGUCAUCUUCAGCAGCCGCAGCAGCAGCAGCUGAUCACUCUACCGCAGCAGCAGCAACUGCCGCCGCCGGACGGAUCUACUCCCGGAAUGCAGCUGCAGACCGACCAGAUGGGUCAGCAGAUGCCGCCGCCCGAGGCGCAUAUGCAGCACCUGCCGCAGUACUACGCCCAUGCUCCACAAGCCUACGCCUAUCCAUAUCCCUCGCCCUACUUUGCGCCACAGCAUGCGAAUCUGCAGCCUCCGCCGAAUCCCACGGCUGCCCAACAGGCCACCGGAUCACCGCUCUUCAUCUCCGGCCCGGUGAUGUACAAUCCGGCGUGGUUUAAUCCCGGCGGAUACAUCUAUCCCAUGAUGCAUCCGGCUGAGUACCAGUACGUGCCGGAAGAUGCUGGCCAGCCUGGUGUGGAUGAGCGGGUUGCCCAGCAGGAUGGAGGAAUGACCCCAAUCUGGCAUACGGCACCCAUGUACGCCGAGGACUUCGAAGUGCUCCAGCAGCAGCAACAACAGCAGCAGCAACAGCAACAGGUGGCACUACAUCCCAAUGGCGGAGUGGCUCAUGUGGGCGACGAGCUCAACCACAACAGCUCCUCGCUGCCCUCGUCGGAAACGUCGAGCAUGCUCAGUCCGAAUUACCCCAUCUACGAUCCCCAGAUGCACGAGAUCCAGCACCAGAUGGGUGUGAUGCAGAUCUUUGAGGAUGGUCAGCUGGCCGCCCUUCAGCCGAUUCACCCAGGAGCAGGUCCUAUGCAGCAGUACGAAGAGGAAAUUGCUGAGUGCGGAGCUCCUCCGCCUGGCGCUAUUCCCGUGGCCUGGACUGCUGCCAUGCCCCUGCCACCGGAAGGCGUCCAGCCAGCUCUGCUGCCCCCGCCGCAUCACAUCUUGCAGCAGACAUCGCCUGUGCUAAUCGAACAGGUUCCUCCGCCGCAGCCCCCAACACCAACUCCUCCUCAACAGCAACAGCAACAGCUACAGCAACAGCAACAUCCGCAUCCGCAUCAGGAGCAAAUGGUUGACAAGAGUUUGAUAAACAACAACAACGAAGUGUUGGCCUUGGAUGAAAAGUUGGCCAACGAGAAGCAGCAGCAAAUUGAAUUGGAGUUCCAUCAGCAACAACAGGAGCAACUGCAGCAGCAGCAGCAGCAGCAAGAACUGCAUCAACAGCAGCUACAACAACAGCAGCAUCAGCAACAGCAGCAACAUCAACAAUUACAGCCGCUUCAAAUCGAAAAACCGCCAACAAAAGUGCCAAACCUUGUAGUAGCUACAGUGGCACCUCAACUGCAACAGCCACCUCCGCAGCAGCAGCAGCAGCAACAGCAUCAACCUGCACCGCAGCAACAUCAGCAGCAGCAAACAUCGCCGGUUGUAGUGCCACAGCAGCAACAACCACAGCAACAGCAGACCAGCUACCAUGAGCAACAUCAGAUGCCGCAGCAGCAGCAACAACAACAACAACAACAGCCGCAGCCUCAGCGCAAGCCACCGCUGCAAUACAAUCAAUCACAGCAGCAACAGGUGCGUCGCAAGUACUCCUCGGAAUACAAUCACCAUCAUCACCAGCACGGCAGCAGCGAUACGGGCAUCCAGACCACCAAGACCAUGUCCUGGACCAAUUCUGCUCAGCACAAGAAGUCCACACAAUCGGUUUCGGUCACCGCUUCGCCCAACAAUGUGAACAACGGAUCGGCAGGAGUGAGUGUUGCUGCCAGUGGCAAAUCAAACUACAGUCACACCACAAAGACGUUCACCAACCAGCAGCACUACCAGCAGCAGCAGCAACACUACCAGAAUCAGAACAGCUACAACAACAACAACAACAACAACAACAGUGGUGGCAGCAGCAGCAAUAAUAGCAGCACCAGCUCGAACAGCAGCAACAAUCAGCCGCAGGUGCGCACCUACGGCACCAUGAAGGUGCCCUCAUCGCCGGUGGCCAGUACAGCUCCCACGCUGGAGCGUAAGAACAGCCAACAGGGAGCAGGCGCCGCACCACCGGCAACAACAGCCGCUGCAACUGCAACGCCUGUGGCAAUCACAACAGCAACUACCUCAACGGCCAGCAUUACGGCUGCCCCAAAUCAAUUCCAACAGGAGACUAGCAACAUAAGUGCACCAGUAGCUGUCCCACAGCGGCAGCAGACUGUAUCGCAGCAACAACAUCAGCCACAGCAACAUGUGCCCACAGCAACAGCAGCAACAGCUCCUCCAACCAAAUCUUACAGCAGCUAUGCCACUAAGAAGCAUCAGAGCUAUGAAACCGUGGCCCUGAGCUCCGUGGUUGCCUCCAGUUCGUCAGCCAACCCGCAACCGCCGCUGAAUCUGGCCCCACCUGCACCACCAGCAUCGCAGAGCAGCAGCGACAGUGCCCAGCUUUCGUGGGCCAGUCUGUUUGCCAGCAACAAGCCCGUGGCCAAGGUGGCGCCCUACGAGGCCAGCAAACCUCUUCAAACGCUGCAACAGCAACAGCAAACACAUCCAGUGCUCCAAUUGGCUCCGCCGCAGCCAGUCCAAGUGGCAGCUGCUGCUCCAGUUCUUCAGCUGGCACCGCCGCCGCAGAGUUUGCCACCUCUGCCCACGGCUCACCAGCAAUCGCAGUUGCCGGCUCCUGUGCCGGCGCCAACCACUCCGCUGUUCACCCCGGGAGCACUCUCCUAUUCGGCGGCCUCUGCCCAGGCUGUUCCUGCGCCCAGUCCCGCCUCCGCUUCUGUCAAGCCCCUGAAGCCGGAACCCCAGCGUCCGGUGCAACAGCACCUGGACGAGUGGACCAACAAGUACGCCGAGUACCUGACGCGCCACAAGACCAACUUGGCGCCGAUCAGUCUGCGUCCGCGGGGACUGACCAACAGGUCCAACUACUGCUACAUAAACUCCAUCCUGCAGGCCCUGCUCGGCUGCUCCCCGUUCUACAACAUGCUGCGCUCCAUUCCCAAACAGGCCGCUGUCUUGAGCGAGGUCAAAACGCCCACUGUGAAUGCAUUGAUGUCUUUUAUGACCAACUUUUCAUCGCUGCCCAGCGGACUGCGCCUGCGCCUGAACAACCUCAACAAGGGAUCCCAAAGCAAGGGCAAGGAUGAGUUUGUGGGCUCCGAUCUGCAGUGCGACAUGGCCUUUGAGCCCACGGAGAUCUAUAAGCUGUGGAACGACAGUCGCGAGGAGCAUGUCGAAGGUCGCCAGGAGGAUGCCGAGGAAUUCCUGGGAUAUGUGCUCAACAAGCUCAAUGAUGAGAUGCUAGAGGUGAUUAAACUGAUUGACAAACCCACCUCCCAGCAAAAUGGCCAGGAACCGCCGGAGCCAGAGGAUGGCGGCGAUGUCUGGCAGAUGAUUUGCAACAAUCGUAACAAGGGAAGUGUCACCCGGCAAACCGACUUUGGACGCACUCCCGUGAGCGAUAUAUUCCGGGGAGAACUGCGUUCUCGGCUACAACGCGAAGGAGAACACUCCACGGAUGUGAUUCAGCCUUUCUUUACGCUUCAACUGAACAUUGAAAAAGCUGCUUCGGUGAAGGAGGCGCUGGAGAUCCUGGUGGGUCGCGAUCAGCUGGAGGGCGUCACCGGCAGCAAGACCAAGCAGGAGGUGGUGGCCUGGCAGCAGAUGACGCUGGAGAAGCUGCCCGUCGUCCUGAUAUUGCAUUUAAAGUACUUUGACUACCGGUCCGAUGGUUGCACAAAGAUCUUGAAGAAGGUGGAGUUCCCCGUGGAAUUGAAGAUUGAUGCCAAAAUCCUCGGCUCGAAGAAGACCUCGCAAAAGCAGCGCGCAUAUCGCCUGUUUGCGGUUGUCUACCACGACGGCAAGGAGGCCUCCAAAGGGCACUACAUCACGGACGUGUUCCACACGGGCUACAGCAGCUGGCUGCGCUACGACGACAGCUCGGUGAAGCCGGUCAGCGAGAAGAACGUACUCCAGCCGCACGCGCCACGGGUGCCUUACCUUCUCUACUACCGCCGCUCCGACACUCUGCCACCGCAGCAGCAGCAGCAACAACAGCAGCAGCAGCAAUCCCAGCAACAGACUACCAACGGCGGCGGAUCGGGAGUGUUGGGCAGCUCCUCAUCAUCAUCGAAUGCCGGGGACAACAAGUGAAGGCCAGGCGUUGUAAAAAUACAUCAGAACUUUAAGUGUUAGGCGAUAGAGAGAGAGCAUAUAUAUUUUUGUGUCAGUGCGAGUCAGUGUGAGCGAGAGUGCGAGUUUCGGUUUUAUAUGCAUAUACUUAUACAUAUACAAAAUAACAAUUAGAUAUAUUCGAGCGGUAUAUAUUUAAGCCCAAAGUCCAAAGCGCAUGUCCGUGUGUAAGAGUGCGAUUGUGUGAGAAAGAAACUUAGCUCUAAGCUAGACUAGAAUUAAGCAACAUGAGCAACAAAACUCGUUGGAACGAAAACUUUGUACAAAGAGUGGGAGGAAGAGAAGCUCUGUAAACUAAACAGCGAGCAAAUCAUCAUAUUAUCAUAGUGCUAAAUCUACAAACUCUUUCAUUUAUCUGAGGCACAAAAAGCUCUCCCAGCCGUUAUAGUCCAUCAUAGUUGUUAGGAAAGAAUUUUUAUUUCGAUAUGUUAUUAUGACAAACGCUUAGAGCUGUAAAUAUACACAAAUAAUCAUAUAUUGUAGUUGAUCAGUUUCGCGGCAUGCAGCAUGCAUUUAAACAAACCAACCCAGCAACAAUAUAUCGAAUGCUUUGAUUAUGCUUUAAAGAAAUUUACAUUUAGAACCAGGGUAUGUUCGACACAAAAAGUAAAUAGGCAGGCAGUGGUGGUCAGAGUAAUAGCUAGAUAAAUCACGAAAUCCAGGAGCCAAAUUGAUUUACUUUGAUGGUCUAUGGUCUAGAAGACCAAAACCAGCUAGAAUCUUCCCUUACUAAAGUCUUAAUUGUUUCAUCGAGUUUUUGCUCAUAUAGAAGUGUAAAAGUUUUUAAUAAUCGGCUAAUUGCAAAAGAAAAUUUAAAGUAAUGAGCAGCAAUAUUAAGGGCUAUUAUUAUGUGGGCCACAACUGUGCGUAUCAUUAUUUCGUACACGUUUAUAAGCAGAUUGUAAUUUAACAGCGCGGUCAUUUUGUAAUUUAUUUUAUAUGUUGUUUAGUUUUACACGCAAUCAGUUAAGCCAGUUAACAAGCAGAUUCAUAUACAUAUUGUUAUUCAUAGUUAGUGAAACUUUUUUUGGAAUUCGUUGUUUGCCUUCAUGAUAUUCGAGUUCUUCUUAACUUGCUUUUCAUAGGUCUAGAGCAUUUAGUUUGUACAUCGUGUUAGAUAAUUCUGUUGGGAUUGAAACGAAAGAUUUGAAAGGGAAAAAUAAUUAAUUGUAAUCGGGUCAGAACUAAAACUAAUCAAUCAUACUAGUUGGUAACUAUCUAACAAACGUAUACACCCAUAUAUAUUUUCUUAAGCUAUAUAAACGCAUAUAUAUUAUUUAUAGAUAUCGUGCCAAUGUUAAAACACCUAAAAAAUUUACAAAAAAAAAAGGAACUUGAAUAAGAAAGCUAAUUACUUGUCAAUGCUUUGUAUAGUCAGCGGCUAAACGAGAAAGGAAUAUAUUCAAUUAAUCUAUUAGGAGUAACAAUCUGUUUGGGGACUUGCUUAAAUUUUCAAUGGCUUUAAAAAUCAAUAAUUUGGGCGUCAAAACUAGGUAAUGGAACAUUGUUUUUCUAUACAAUAUUUUAUUGCAUACUUUUGGACCGCUACAUGCUUUGAUUUCUUGGAGUCUUAAAAUUUUAGAGAUCUCCAUGGAUCAUGGAUAUGCGUGGCAUUCCCACAGGAAAAGUGCUGGCUCUUAAAUGGAUUGUAAUCCCAUAAUCUACUUAAGUGCCAGGACUUGAGUGGUGAGGGGGCAAGCGAAAAAUCUUAAAAUAUUCUUAAGCUAAUCGUAUACUAGAGAAAUGCAUUGACAUAUAUGACGUAUAUUAUGAAUAGGACACAAAAGCGAAACCAUAAAUAUAAAUCUACAUAUAUAUAUAUAUUUUGAUGUUAUACAAAUAUGAACUAAUUGUAAGCCAAAUUAUAGGAAAACAUUUUUAUAGAAUCGUGUACGCGUCUGCGUUUUGCUAGUUACAAAUAGGUUCCUAAAAACUAUACGAAAAAAGUAAAAAAAAAAAAUAAAAAUAACAAUAAUACAACCACAAAACGUAACGAAAUGUUGAAGCAAAGGAAUAUUAAAAAACAAUAAUAAAAAUACUGAUUUAUGUAGUCUAAAGCCAAGCUAAAACCAUAAACACAAAAACUUAACUGAAAACAAACAAACAUACAAAACAUAAAUUUAUAAAUCCAAUUUAUACAAAAACCAAGCAAAACAAAUAA